AUGCCGGCCAAGAGGAGAACUGCAAAUGCGGCGUCGACCAGCAAAAAUUCCGAUUCCCCGAUGAGUCCGCGGUCCGACGAUCCAGCGUACCAAGAAAAAAGAAAGAAAAACAAUGAGGCUGUACAGCGCACACGCGAAAAGACCAAGAAAUCGGCCGAGGAACGGAAGAAACGCAUCGACGAUUUGAGAAAGCAAAACGACGCCCUGAAAGUCCAAAUCGAGCAGGGCGAAAAGCAUAUAUCCACGCUGAGAGACCUGAUAAUUCAGGGCGAGAAAACGGAGGACGGCCACCGCAUCAUCCAAGAGAUUCUCGCCGGACCGGAUCCCGAUGACAAUGACUAACGAGGAGCUGCUCCUGAU